AUGGAGAUCCCGCGCAUCGUGCACGACGAGCUGCUGCACCAAGUGGACGCCCCGCAGGAGGAGCACCUGCUCGCGGUGCGGCGCGCGAGCGUGAAUCCUCGUCCCAGCGGUCCGUCGGACGCUGUGGGCGAGCACACGCCGCUGCUGUCGGCCGACAAGGUGGACGCGAUCCUGGACGAGGAGGAGAAGGCGGCGGCUGUGGCCGACAGCCAACUCACGACCUGGGACAUCGCGCGCGUCGAGACCAAGCGGCUGCUGGCCGUGGCCUUCCCCAUGAUGAUCGCCGUGAUGCUCGAGAUGUUCCCCGACUUGGCGCUGAGCAUGAUGAUGGGCCACACGGACGUGGCGCACAGCACGCAGAUCCUGGCCGCCUACCAGUUGUCCAGCCUCGUGCAGAUGAUGAUCAUCGGCGGCCUCAUCAUGGGUCUCUCGUCCGCCAUCGACACCAUGUGCUCGCACGCCUUCGGCGCCAAGAGGAUGACGGAGCUCUGGCGGAUCACGCAGGCGGCCACCGUCGUGUACUUGAUGUGUCUGCCCUUCAUCGCCGUGGUGCUCAGCAGUGGCAAGCCCAUGCUGGUGGCCAUGGGCCAAGACCCGGACAUCGCCGACGUGGCGGGGCGUCUGCUGCUGGUCAGUAUGCUGCUCGUGCCGUUCUGCAUCAUGUACGCGGUGGUGAAGAGCGCACUGCAGGCGCAGAAUAUCGUGGUCCCGUUCGUGCUGGCGUCGUUGGCGAGCUUUAUUCUGAGCUCCGUUGCCGCCUACGUAUUGGCGUUCCACACGUCGCUCGGGUACAUUGGCGUCGCGCUGGGCAGUCCCAUUGGCUGGAUGUUGAAGGUAGUCAUGGUGCUUCCGGUGGUGCUGCGCAACCGCGUCUUUGUCGAGUCAUGGCCGGGAUGGGACUGGAGCGAGGCGUGGGCGCGCGUCCCCAGCAUCGGACGCCUCGGUGUGUCGAGCGUGCUCAUGAUGACGUUCCAGAUGGUGGGCUUCUCCUUCAUCUCGCUGCUGGCCGGGAUGCUGCCGAACGCCGACGUCUUGAUUGCAGCGAACGGCAUUUUUAUAUCAGUCAUUAGCCUUGCGUUCAUGCCGCUCCUUGGUAUCUGCAUCGCGGGCGCCAUCCGCAUGGGCAACGCUCUGGGUGCUGGUCAAGCUCGUCGCGCGCGUCUCAUUAGCCUCAUCGUGAUGAGCGCGUCGCUAUCCGUCUCGGGAGUUGCAGCUGGAAUUGUUGCCUACAUCGCGGCUCCGUACGCUCGUGCGUUUACCCCCAAUGCCGAGGCCACAAGCGUCGCCACGGAUCUCAUCAAGGAGCUGUUGCCGCUGCUGCCGCUUUUGGGCUUCGCCUUCGGGAUGCAGUCGGUGUUUCGAGCUUGUGGGAAGCAGUUGCUCUGCGCGCAGCUGAAUUUCGUGUGCUUGUUUGUGCUGGGGGUGCCGCUCGGUUUGGUGUUCGCAAUCCAGUUUGACGCGGGCAUUGCGGGACUCUGGGCUGGGAAUAUGGCGGGGACCAUCAUCUUUGCCGUCGCUGGUGUCUGCUGGUUGCGCUCCACGAGUUGGGAGAAAAUGGCCCAUGACGCCAAGCACGGUGCUCGUCCGGCUGAAUUUGAGGACGGCGCCGACGUCGCUGUGGCGGCGUGA